AACAACCUCGUACAUUUAAAGCGUUUCAUGUAGCAUCUCAAGCUGGCUUGACAUUUGCUUCGGGCUGGAAUGAAACGCUUCGCCUAUCAAUGAAGCGUUGCUGUCACUUCACCGCAUCUACCGGGAAGCAAAUAAACAAAACAGUCGACUCAUUCUUGUCUUUCAAAUUGCUCUGCGGACGUGAUAGAAAAAUCUCGCUUUUCCUAGCUAUUUACACCACCCCGACAUGUUUUCCUUCAAGCAAGAGAUCGAUUUCACCGGGUACAGUUUUAUUGUGCCAUCCGUUAGUGUGGGAAAUGUGCCACAGCUUACAGUCGAUGCGGUCAUCGAAACGCUGCAACUCGAACCGAUCGGAUUGCUGUGGUCUCCCGCCCUGAUACCUAUCGUCGGUGCUCCAGCAUUUGAACACACAGCGAACGACACAGUUACCACCACGGCCGAAUUGUACAUUUCAAAGGCAGAGAAGCUGCUGGUGCUACAAAUCCGUGCACCUUUGGUCGGUCCACUGCGACAAUCCUUCCUGGACGAGUUGAGCGAUUUUGUGCGUGACCGCAAAUUCUCACACGUUGUCCUGCUGGCCAGCUGUUUCUCGCAUGAAAAGUGCGACAUACGCACGGGACCGUUCCGGUAUGUCGCAAACGAGCAGUACGAACAAACGGCACAUGCCGGUCGCCUACAGGACGAACGAUGGACAAAACAUGCGGGAGGUGUCAUACACGGUGGCGGAUACGCAUCGAAACUGUUGGAAACACUCACCAUCCGGAGUGUUCCAGCAGUAAUUUUCUUCAUGUACGUUUCGGAAGGCGAUAACACGACGGAAGGAUUAAUGCUCGCUCGCAUGCUGAAUGCGAUCAUGGGCGAUCGUUUAUUGUCAGCCGGGAAGACCGACUUCCGAUGGCCCAACUCAUGGAAACACCUGUUCGGCAGCGCACAUCCGAGAGCGUUGUAUUAAUUUUAAGAAUAUACAGGCUGAAACAGCUCAUAAAGGUGGGUCACACAUGGCCUUGGUAGUGAGCUAUGGUUUAAAAGAUUUUUUGUUGGGUUAAAAAGAGAAAUUUAAAAAUAAAACAAAAUCUGUGUACGUUUUUCGAUAUAA